GCCGCGACGCUCGGCAGCCGCCCUGGCCUCCCGCCCGAGGCCCCGCCCCGCGCCCGCGGGCGCCGCCAUGUUGGGGGUCCUCGCCGAGAGCACGUAGGCGUCCGCGUAAGAUGCCGUCCCGCGCGCGUCGCGGCCGACAAGAUGGCGUCCAUGCGGGAGAGCGACACGGGGUUGUGGCUGCACAACAAACUGGGCGCCACGGACGAGCUGUGGGCGCCGCCCAGCAUCGCGUCCCUGCUCACGGCCGCCGUCAUCGACAACAUCCGCCUCUGCUUUCACCGCCUGUCGUCAGCCGUGAAGCUCAAGCUGCUGCUCGGCACGCUGCACCUCCCGCGCCGCACAGUGGACGAGAUGAAGGGUGCCCUCAUGGACAUCAUCCAGCUGGCCACCCUGGACUCGGACCCCUGGGUCCUCAUGGUUGCUGACAUUCUGAAGUCCUUUCCUGACACGGGCUCCCUGAACCUGGACCUUGAGGAGCAGAACCCCAACGUUCAAGACAUCCUAGGAGAACUUAGAGAAAAAGUGGGGGAGUGCGAGGCAUCCGCCAUGUUACCGCUGGAGUGCCAGUACCUGAACAAGAAUGCCCUGACCACGCUCGCCGGGCCCCUCACCCCGCCAGUGAAGCAUUUCCAGCUGAAGAGGAAGCCCAAGAGCGCCACGCUGCGUGCAGAGCUGCUGCAGAAGUCCACCGAGACGGCGCAGCAGUUGAAGAGAAGCACUGGGGUGCCAUUCCACGCCAAGGGCCGGGGGCUGCUCCGCAAGAUGGACACCACAACUCCUCUCAAAGGCAUCCCGAAGCAGGCCCCCUUCAGAAGUCCCACCACACCCAGUGUCUUCAGCCCUGCAGGGAACCGGACCCCUAUCCCACCUUCGAGGACACCGCUGCAGAAGGAAAGGGGUGUGAAGCUCCUGGAUAUCUCUGAGCUGAACACUGUCGGUGCUGGCCGAGAGGCAAAGAGGAGGAGGAAGACCUUAGACACAGAAGUGGUGGAGAAGCCAGCCAAGGAAGAGACAGUUGUUGAAAAUGCCACCCCAGACUAUGCUGCUGGCCUGGUGUCCACACAGAAACUAGGGUCUCUGAACAGUGAGCCAGCACUGCCCUCUACAAGUUACCUGCCUUCUACACCCAGUGUGGUCCCUGCCUCAUCUUACAUCCCCAGCUCGGAGGCCCCUUCAGCCCCACCUUCCCGGGAAGCCAGCCUGCAGGCCAGUCGGCCACCUGAGGAGCCCAGCACCCCAAGCCCCACACUGCCAGCACAGUUCAAGCAGAGGGCGCCCAUGUAUAACAGUGGCCUGAGCCCAGCGACACCAGCACCUGCAGCACCUACCUCACCCUUGACACCUACCACACCCCCAGCCGUCGUCCCCGCUGCUCAGACACCCCCAGUGGCCAUGGUGGCCCCUCAGACCCAGGCUCCUCCUCCUGCCCAGCAGCAGCCUAAGAAGAACCUGUCCCUCACGAGAGAACAGAUGUUUGCUGCCCAGGAGAUGUUCAAGACAGCCAACAAGGUCACUCGGCCAGAGAAGGCCCUCAUCCUGGGCUUCAUGGCUGGCUCCCGAGAGAAUCCAUGCCCGGAGCAGGGAGAUGUGAUCCAGAUCAAGCUCAGUGAGCACACAGAGGACCUGCCCAAAUCGGACGGCCAGGGCAGCACCACAAUGCUGGUGGACACAGUGUUUGAGAUGAACUACGCCACAGGCCAGUGGACACGCUUCAAGAAGUAUAAGCCUAUGACCAAUGUCUCCUAAGGCUGCCACCUUUGCUGCUGACCCGGAUUCCAGGAUGGAGGACUGCUCUGAGUGGCCAAGGGCAGAUACCACAGGACACGCCCUCCCACCGCCUGCCUUCCACAGGCCACUGGGCCCCAGCUGGUUUAAAUUUUAGAUAUUCCUCUGGGGUGUUUGGGCUUAUUUUUUUUUUAUAUUUUAAUAUGGGUUACUUUUCAUGUGACUAAUAUACUUGGAUUUAAUAUUACAUUUUUGAAUGCUAAACCAAAAGUUACAACUUUCUAAUUUUAGUGUCUGUUAAGAUUUGACCUUUUAAAUUUUUCUUAAAGUCCACUGGCUGCGAGGGCUUUCUCUGCUCAUCCACGCCCUUCCCUGUGAGGUUGAGGGGACCAGAAGUGACACCCGCAGGCUAGGGUGUGAAAGGGCUUAACCCUCCCAUGUCAGGAGAUGACAGGCCUCACCACUGCUGCCUGCUGGGUUUUGUAUUUCUCUUUGUACAGUUGUGGACACUGGCGAUCUGUCUCUGGGCACGUUUUCACUGUAAAUGGAUCUGAGUAUUAAAGUUUAGCUUUUCUAAAGCAAAGCCACAGAGCUUGUUUCAGGCCAGCAUAACUCUCUGCUCUGGGAGCAAACCUUCCCUGUGUAGUUCCUGGAACCCAGAGGGAGGAGAGGCUGGGAGACCCCCAAAGCCACCCUAGACCUAGACCGGGGCUGGGAAGUGGGUGGGGUCAGCAUGGGGAAGGGAGAACCACCCCAUAGGAGGUCACUGGCCCAGGGAAUGACCAGCUCCUGGCCACAGGGCUGGAAAAUAAGCAGCAGCCCCCACCCCCAACCACUUUGCAUUUCGUAGGAAUUUGAGAACUGAAUUAUGUUCGAAAAAAAGAGGUGAGCAUUUCACCACCAUCAGAAUUCCCCUAGUUUGAGCAUCUGCUCCUUGGUAGAGCAGAGGUAGAGCCAGCCUUGUGCCCGCUACCCUUCAACAGCAUCUGGGAAACAGGUGUCAAAAUAAUCCCAUGUAAAGUAAGUGUAAGAAAAAGGCCUUUAAAGUUUUUUAAUACAAGAAUACAUUUGCAGACACGACUUUUCAUGUUAACGCUAUUUUCCCGCCACCCCACUGGCAGUUCUCAAGUCUGUUUCCGUGGGCCCCCUCCUCAAAAUGAGUUUCAAGCUUUUGAGUCUUCCCUGUCAAACCUGGUGAGCACACCCAGCAUCCUAAAAGGAACUUCCGGCUUUAUAGUUUAAGAAGUUGACACCAAUAGGCACAUUUGAACUUAUAUUUAAUUUCUGAUAGGGCAUUUCACAUCUCAACAGGAUAUGCUGACACCAUGGACACAGCAUGUUACUCUACUGACUAACAGUCGUCAACUACACUUCUCAUAGAUGAAGAUAUUUGGCAACUGACAGUUGUUUACAUUAACUUCUCAAACAGGCGUUUAAUCCUUGAAAAUCAGGUAGCUCUGGAAGAUGGACAUGUCACACCAUGCUGCCAACAUCACAGUAAACACUUUGAAGCCACCAGAAGUGCUUAACUGAGUGUGCCUGAGAGCCAGGGAGUCCUGGGUGCUGGUGCCAGGGAGGGGGCCGUGCGCUCCUUCAGGGACCAGCACCUGGGUCUUCACCACUCUCGCCAGCUUUUAACAGUGGUAUGGUUCCGCAGCCUCGGAGGCCAGUGCUAGCAUGGAAACACCAGGUGUGUGCGCCAGGGCUGCUGCCAACCCUACAGGGCUGUGCAUGAUGAGGCGUGUGCAGGGCUCAGGUACAGCUCCCGGUUGGUUUCUGAUGCCAAGGAGUUUGGGCAGUUUUCAUUUGUUUUACUUCACAUUCAGGACAAAAGCUUGGGGCUGAUGCUCAGAAAAUCACCAAAUCUUCCCCAGAUUCAAAAUACUGGCCAGUUCCAGAAUCAGUGGGAAAAACCACCACCCUAAGCUGUUACUUUAUAAACUGCUUUGUUUUUAGUUAGUGUUAUUUGCUCAUUAAUAGUUUUUGGGAAGGGGAAAUCGUCUGAAAAUUUUGCAAUAUUUCCUUCAGAAAGAUCAUAAAAUAAUUUGGAAGUAAUAUCAAAGUGACUCAAAAAUCAUUUAAGGUCCAAAAAAAAAAAAA